UGCAAUAUUUCAAACUUACUGCUUUCCUGAAGGUCAUCCUGAGGGCCGUGGUGGACAUGAGUCAGUACUAGUAAAUGACAAACUAUAUUUUAUGGGAGGCUCUCGCUUAGUUCCUAAAUUAAAUCCGAAAAGAUAUAAUUUAUCAGACGAAGUAUUUUAUUUAGACCUUUCAUUACAAUUCACUACUAGAAAUCCUCCAUUUAUAGACCUUACUGAUGGUACUUCACGAAUGUUUUUUGGAAAUGAAAAAGGGUCUGAUAAAUCUGAUGUAUACUUGAUCGGUGGAACGCAGCUAAACCUAGCAACAUUAAACUGGAGCGUUACGAACCAAGUUAUAAAUUGGAACGUUACUGAAGAAUUUAUUUUUAUUUAUAGAACUGUUCCUAAAAUCUGGACAAAACUUUUUCAAGGUGUUAAAGGAACUCAGCCUCCAAGACGUAGGUCAACUUCAACAGUAAUCAAACCUAAUGACAAUACUCCUUCACCCAGAAGCCAUAGCACCGCAACAUUGCUUCCAAAUGGAAAAAUUGUUUAUAUUGGAGGUGUCUCUCAGGACACUCCUGGAAGCCAAACUAAUUUAAUUAUCAUGACUGAGGUGAAUCUUCAUCAUUAUUGUUAUUAUGUAUAA